CUCCCAGCUGACAGCAGCAGGCGCUGUAACCUUCUCCGCGGCCUCGUAGCUCGUCCUGGAGCUAGACGAGGACCUUGAAUGUUUUUCUGCAGCUGUACAUAAUCUUUGCCGUUCGUGUUGCUUUACAUACGCACAGCCAUGCCCACAACGCCGGAAGCUCCUACACCACAGGAGCUGAAUGUGGAUGAGAUAAAUGUUUCAUCUGCAGUGCUGAAGGCUGCCGCUCACCAUUUCGGCUCCCAGUGCGACAAACCCAACAAAGAGUUCAUGCUCUGCCGCUGGGAGGAAAAGGACCCCAGAAAAUGUCUUGAAGAAGGAAGGAAAGUUAACGAGUGUGCACUCAACUUCUUCAGGCAAAUCAAGGGAAACUGUGCUGAGUCCUUCACCGACUACUGGACCUGUCUGGAUUAUUCCAGCUUGGUGGAGCUUCGUCGCUGCCGUACGCAGCAGCAAACCUUCGACAGCUGCGUCCUUGAUAAACUGGGCUGGGAGAGACCUGACCUGGGAGACCUGUCGAAGGUGACCAAAGUGUCAACUCCACGACCACUGCCUGAAAACCCCUACCACUCUAGACCUCGUCCUGAACCAAACCCAGCCAUCGAGGGUAAGCUGGAGCCUGCCAAACAUGGCAGCAGGCUAUUCUUCUGGACCUGGUGAUGCAGCUUCAAAGUGUCAGUUUCCUUCCAAAGGCAUGAGCCCUGUUCAAAAAUACCAUUGUCACCAUUGUGAUAGUUGAGGGGGUUUAAUUCUUGAGGUGCAGACACAAGCAGAGGGAGUUUUUGCCACCUUAAUGUCAUGUAUGAGAGUUGUAUUUUUGGGCAGAUCUCUUCAGCAGCUGUACAUCCAGUAACAUCAAAAAGUUAGAUAAAGGAAGGAAGGAUGGAUGAUUAUGUGAACAAAGUCCAUUGAUC